AUGAAAAGUGAUAAUCGAACCCAGGCCCUCCAGGACAACCAGAGGGCCGAAGAAGAGAAAAGUCUGAAAGGUCAGGUGACCGAGCUCAGACAAGUCCUGCGAGAGGAGAAACAAGAGACUGAGAAUUUGUGGAGUGAGGAGGAGGAACUAAAGAGCACUGAUAUGAAAAAUACUACAGAACGUCCUGCCUGCAACAGAGACGUCAAAGAAGUCCUCAAAGAGAAGCUUCAGCAGCUCCACCGAGAUCAGCUGUGUUCAGAGAAAAAGAGCCGCUUGAUCCUGGAGCAGCAGGUACAGAAGCUGUCUGAGGACCUGACCUCCUCUCAGGACUACAACACUGCUCUGGAGCUCCAGGUUCAUGAGCUCCAGGACAAAGUCAACGGGCUGCACAAGAAGAAGAAGAGGAGGAGGAGUUGGUGGUGUUUCUAA